AUGCCGGGCCUUAAGGAAGAAGAGGACCCCACUAUUAACAAAAAACGAAAACUUCAAGAUGCUCCCGAGAUCGAAAUUGACGUCGCUGCCCCCGAACCUCCCUCGAAGAAGGCGCUCCGUAAGGCUAAAAAGAAGGGCGUCGACCCUGAGACAACCGCGGUGAAGAGUGAAACACCCAAGGCGGAGUCGACAAAACGCUCGGAGUAUGGUGUUUGGAUAGGCAACCUCCCCUUUAACACAACGAAAGAAGACGUACGCAAGUUCUUCACGAGCGGCUGUACUUUCACCGAUGCAACAAUCACGCGAAUUCACCUUCCACAGGGGCCUUCUAGAGCGAAUGGCAUGGUCCAAAAUAAGGGAUUUGCAUACGUCGAUUUUGCCAACAAAAAUGCCAUGGACGAAGCCAUAGCGUUGAGCGAGAAUUUCAUUGCCGGCCGCCGUGUGCUUAUCAAAGGCGCCCAAAGCUUUGAGGGUCGACCGGAAAAGGACCAGCAAGCGGGUUCAUCUAAGCCUGGUAAUAGCGCGUCAAGCAGUCACCCGCCAUCUCGACGGAUCUUUGUUGGGAAUCUGGGAUUCGAUGCUACCAAGGAAGCGGUGCAGGAACAUUACUCGCCUUGUGGCACCAUUACCAACGUGCAUCUGGCAACAUUUGAGGACUCGGGGAAAUGUAAGGGCUACGGGUGGGUCGAGUUUGAGACCGUCGAGUCAGCCCAGCAUGCCGUGAAUGGGUUUAUCAAGGUCGAAGAAGACGAGGAUGAAGAUGAGGAAGAAGCAGAUGAAAGCGACGAGUCCUCCUCCUCAGACGAUGACCAAUCGGACAACGACGAGAAGCGAAAGCAGAAGAAGAAGAUGAAGAAGAGUAUAAAGAAGAAAAGCGCGGAUAGGAAGAAACCCAAGACGAAAAAGAUCUGGGUAAACCGGCUGCUCGGUCGCCAAUUGAGAAUGGAGUUUGCCGAGGAUUCUGCAACGCGCUACAAGAAGCGCUUUGGCAAGGACAGCAAAGCACGUUCUGAAGAUGAAAAUGGAGGCUCGAAUAAUCGCCGCCCCAGGAAAGAGACGCAGUCGCGCUAUUCGCAGGAUACCGUGCAGAGACUGACUGGAGCGAUUGUCGAAGCGCAGGGGCAGAAAGUUACGUUUGACUAG